AUGUCUCUCAGUCUGUCUCGUCUGCAGACCAGAGCAAGCGGCUCCACCAGCUCGCGCCCGACAACUCCUCCCAAUACCCCAAUGACAUGGGCUUCUGUUGUUUCGCCCAAGGCUGGCCAUCCUGUCAAACACUCCGAGAAGUCCUUCGCGAGCCGCGUGGCCCGCCAAAAAGAGGCCGAGAUAGAGGUCGAAAAAGCCCCCAGACGGAAUUCCCAUGACUCUUACUAUUCCGCCCACUGCGAGGAUGAGCCUCAAUACGACCAUCUUAACGCCGCAGACAUACGCCGCCAAGUUCGACAGGCGCCUUCGGAGCCUCGCUCCCGCGGAGCUUACCCACAUGCGUACUAUAACAAGCCUCCCCUUCCCCUGCAGGCAGAGCGUGAGUGGACAACGUUUCCGAUGAAACCCAGCCCUUCCAAGGGUGACCGUGGAAACAACUACACCGGCGGCAGGCCCGGCCCCGUUCGCGCGAUCUACAACGACGCAGAGCGUGACGUGUUCGAUGUGGCGUACCACGACGGCAGGCGUGCCAAUCGCGAGCCAAAGAACGGACACCAGUACUUCGACCGCGAAAGACUCCCUGUCACAUCCGAAGCCCCUCGCUACGAGCAUCCCAUUAUGCCAAGUCCGGGUGAGGGCAGGCAACCCGGCAACUGGAGACCCGGAAUCAUGCCGAGACCCGUCAGGGCGAUCUAUAACAAAGACGACCGCACCGUCUUCGAGGCGGGAUAG